CAUCGGAGGGAAGAGAAAAGACACCUCGUAGCAACGUCCUGGCGCAGAUCACAAUUUGUCUGCAACGGCAGGAGGAAGGAUCCCUCUCCGGAAGACGUUACAAAUAACAAAGUUCUCGCAUUAGAAAGAUGCCUGGACAUGGACGCCGUCACGUCAAUCAACCCCAUUCGGAUGAACAUAGGGCCCACAUGGCUGCAAACCUGGCACGCAUGAGGAGGGAAUAUGAGCGGCGUAGAAAUGAAGAAGCAAGAGCACGAGCACCAGUAUCUGCGAUAGAAGUGGACAGGCUGGAGUUUUACGCGAGAGACAAUGGGCGACAUCAUCACACGGACAUGUAUGACUUGGUCGAAGGCCAAGACCCAAGCCCAGUGCUACGCAGGGGACAACCCUUCUUCAUCGCCAUCCGCUUCAAAACGCCUUAUGACCCUGCAAAAGACACCGUACAACUGGAUUUCAGCAUCGGAUCCUCACCAGAGCUGAGUAAAGGCACCUUUGUCAGCCUCGCUGUCCCUGACAAUAAGGGAGAGUUUAGUCGAGCUCCAACCCACUGGGACGUGCGCAUCUCCCAGCACGACAGAAGCGUCGUCACACUUCAGGUCCACAUACCGCCCAGUGUCAGCAUAGGUUCUUGGAACCUCGCGGUUCUGGGGCGUUCAAGAAACGACCCCAAGGCCAAAUCCAAGUACAGAUACGACAAAAGCAUUUACGUCAUAUUCAAUCCCUGGUGCAAAGAGGAUGCAGUUUACAUGGAAAGCGAGGAAGAUCGCCGAGAAUAUGUGCUGAAUGAUAUAGGAAAAAUCUACAUGGGAUCAUGGAAGCAACCUCAUGGACGACAGUGGAUAUUUGGUCAGUUCGCUGAUAUGGUUCUACCUGCCUGCAUGUUCAUAUUGGACAAGUCAAACCUGACCUACGCCGCGAGGUCAAACCCAGUUAAGGUUGUUCGAGCCAUCUCUGCUAUGAUUAAUAGCGCGGAUGACAGCGGCGUAUUGACGGGCAACUGGACGGGCAACUACGAGGACGGCACAGCACCUUGGAUGUGGACUGGAAGCAGCGCUAUUCUGGAACAGUAUCUGAAGUCGUCCGGAGAGCCCGUCAAUUACGGUCAAUGCUGGGUGUUUGCAGGAGUCUAUAAUACAGUGUGCAGGGCCCUUGGUAUCCCCUCGCGUCCUGUAACCUGCUAUGCAUCUGCUCACGAUACGGACGAGAGCAUCACCAUCGACCGUUACUUCGACAAAGAUGGCGAAGAACUGAAGAAAUAUGCGAAAGAUUCCGUGUGGAACUUCCACGUGUGGAACGAAACGUGGAUGGCACGUUUAGAUCUCCCACCAGGUUACGGGGGAUGGCAAGCAGUGGACGCCACUCCACAGGAGACGAGCGAUGGUUUCUACCAAGUGGGACCGUGUUCUGUGGCGGCCGUUAGGAAAGGAGAAAUCGGAUACAUGUACGACUCCCCGUUCGUGUUUGCUGAAGUGAAUGCUGAUGUGGUGCACUGGAAAGAAGACCCCGACAGCUCAUUCGGGUGGACACGUCAAAAGACUCUCACUUAUCACAUUGGUCUAGGAGUCUUAACCAAGAAGCCCAAUGUGGACCUGAAAGAUGGCAUCGAGGACGCAGAAGACAUCACUUGCUCCUACAAGAUCAAAGAAGGUACUGACGAAGAGCGGAUGGUAGUAUUGAAUGCAGCUCGAAGCGGAGGACUCGCCUUCCUGUUCGAUUUGCCAGAGAAAAAAAAUGAGGACGUGAUUCUGAAGCUGCACGAUAUCGAAAGUAUCGAGAUUGGGAAGCCUUUCGAUAUAGUCCUCAGCAUGCAAAACCAGAGCAACGAGCAGCGGACAGUGAACGCAGUCCUGUCUGCUUCAUCGGUCUACUAUACUGGCAUAUCCGCCAGAAAAAUAAAGAGGGAGAGAGCAACGUUUGUGCUACAACCCAGAGAUGAGGAAGUCCUGCUGAUGAAGGUGGAACCCCACGAAUAUUUGGACAAAUUGGUCGAUUAUGCCAUGGUGAAAAUCUACGUAAUCGCCAAUAUUCAAGAAACACGUCAGACGUGGUCCGAGGAAGACGACUUUACCAUUGAAAAACCACGCCUCAAUGUACAGAUCGAAGGUGAUGUCAGAGUGGGGAGGCAGCUCAAUGCCAUCCUUAGUUUCCAAAACCCAUUGGAUCAAGAUUUGCAGGAAUGCAUGUGCACCAUUGAGGGUCCAGGAAUCGCAAAUGCUUUCGUCCUUCAACUACCGAAUGUGAGAGCGCGAAGUUCGUGGGUGUACCGACAAACUCUCGUACCUCGGCGUCCUGGACCACGCAAGAUCGUCGCAGUCUUCAAUUGCCGCGAGCUCUUCAACGUUGAAGGCUCCGCAGAUGUCGUUGUGCAAGAAUAAAGGCAGCUGAAGCUAAUGCUGUAAUUUGCGGCAUAACGAAAAUGUCGAGAUUUUUUCAGUGUCGUAAUGCUUUGAGAUUUUUGCAAUUGGCCUUACCACUUAGCCCACAACUUAAUGGACCGCGGGCGUGUCGCCACACUGUUAAUGAAAGAAUAAAUGUUGUACACCCAA